AUGACGAAGCUCAGCGACGCGAUCAAGGAUGACCAUCGGAAAAUCGAGCAGGCCUAUCGAUAUAUCCUCACAUCAACCACAUUAGAAGAUAAAAUCCGAUGGAGGAACGAGCUCAGUCUCGAGCUCGCACGACAUUGCAUCAGCGAGGAAAAGGUCCUUCUUCCCAUCCUCACAGAGCGGUUGUUUGAUGGCGAGUCCCGUAGCGCCAGGAAUCACACGGACCGCGAAUGCUUGAAGGAAAAGAUUUGCCGUCUCCAAGCGAUUCCAGUCGACCACGACAGCUUCGAAACCGAGUUGAAGGCACUCUGGGUCGACAUGCAAGCCCACGUUCGCGAUACCGAUACCCAGGACGUGGCCCGGCUGGAAGAGUGCCUUACCAUGACCGAAUCUGAGGAACUAGCGAGGCAGUUCCGGCUCACGAUGUCCAUGGCGCCGACGCGGAGUAACCCCUCGCCUGACCGUGGACCCCCUUCUCAGCAGAUCACGGACUUCCUUGCCACCAAAACUGGGCCUUGA